UGGAGCGGGAGUGAAAGUGGAAAAUAACGCGCACCAGUGCCGAGGUGGACAACUAUUGCUGCUCAGGUCUCAGGUCCAGGGCAAAUCAGUCUGCCUCGUGCAUCGUGAGAUAUCCGUCGGAGAGCAUAAUCGCGCGAGAUUAGUCGACCCCUCGCCCGCGCUUCAACAUGGUCGGCGAGGGGAUGCAAAUUUUCUCCGUUCUUUUCCUGACUUACUUUUUGUGUGCGGUCGGCCACCCGUGCGAGAGAAAAUGCAGCGUCGACCUCCAGCCGAUGACCUGCCACUACAAAUUCACUCUCCACGCAACCGCUAUUAACUGUGAUCACUGCCAAAGAAAAAACAGAACUGCUCAAUGCUUGAACCAAAAAUGUGACUUAGCCAGUAAAUUGGCAUUGUCUGUGAAUGGGAAAACGCCAGGACCGACAAUACAGGUUUGCCUAGGAGACCGGAUAAUCGUUGACGUGGAAAACCGACUACCGAGCAGUUUCGAAACUUCAAUCCACUGGCAUGGGAUUUUGCAAAAAGGCACUCCUUACUAUGACGGAGUCUCGAGAGUAACUCAGUGUCCUUUGACACCCGGGACGUCCUUCAGUUAUUCUUUCGUCGCUGAUAACCCAGGAACACACUUUUACCACGCGGAUUCAGUUACGCAGCAUGCUGACGGCAUCUACGGAGCUAUAAUCGUUAACGAGGCUGGAAAGCGCGCCCGCGAAAAUGUAAUCCUGCUUGGGACCAGAAAUGAUGCUCUUGUUAGUGGCGCUUUUGGAGCCCUACAUGGCGCAUUAGUUGGUCAAAACAAGCCGGUUGCAAAGCUUAUUUUGAAUGGGAAAGCCAAUAACGAGAACGUUGAUGAAUUCGAGGCAAAAUUAUCAGAAACACUAUUUAGUUUUGUGAAUGUGGCUGCGUAUGAUUGUCCUUUUGAAAUAGCUAUGGAGAGCCAUAGCUUUAAGGUGGUGAACGCACAAGGAAGCGAUAUUUUGCCUGUGUUUGUUGAGAAAAUCGUAAUUUAUCCUGGAGGAAGAUACGACGUUGAAAUAUAUCAAAUUGGUGAGAAAUGUGAAAAGUGCGUGCUGAAGGUAUCAGGUUUGCACAAAUGCAGCCAACUGGAACAAAUAAAGACUGUAAUCAGGCCUGUGGGAGACCAAAAUAUUGCAACCAAUGAUAUUAAGGCCAAGUCUCUGUCUGCCAACUGCUUGAAAGAUCCCUCAAAUUUGUGCAAUGCUCAACUGGAGGGUGCCAAUCCACCAGACAUCACAUUUACUCCUGAUCUGACCUUUUUCCUCACAUUCGGACAUAUGAGGGUGCCCAAAGUGUCAAGUGAGGAUGUGGAAUUCAGAUUUGUUUUAAAUGACAUUGAAUAUUACCCGACCUUUUUAGACAGCAGUGAUGAAGACGGCACCCUAAUUCCCCACAUCAACACGGUUUCCUUCAGGCCGCCAUCUACCCCUAUUUUGUCCCAAUACGAAGACCGUGAGCCUUCUUUUGAGUGUGAAAGCUGGGCGAAUUUGUCGCCAGCGCCAGCAAGCAGACCGAAAUCCACGUGCAAAGGACCGCCCCACUAUUGCGGAUGCACUCAUUACAUCAGGGUUGCGGUCAAUGCAACGGUCAAACUAGUCUUUAGACACGAAAGUGAUUCUUCUAAUAAAAAUGCUGGAACGUUCCACUUGCACGGACACAAAAUGUACACUGCAAACUGGCGGUCAUCGAGUGACGAUAUGGAGAACACAAAUAAAAGACCUGUUGCCAAGGACACGAUUGUUGUACCACCUUCAGGAGAAAUCUCAGCAUUUUUUAAAGCAAACAAUCCAGGCUUCUGGCUGCUCGAAACCCGUGGCGAUCAAAUUACUUCUGCGGGUGUUGGAAUGGCUUUGAUUGUGCAAGUAGGAGAUCCAAGUGAAAUGCUUCCAGUGCCAGCCGGGUACCCCACCUGCAGGGGUUUGAAGCCAGACGACUUUAUUUUCUAAAUUGAAUAUGCCAAUUAAAGUGCCAAAACAAAUAGA